UUUGAACUGCCCACAGGCUGUCACGGAGAGACGCGGGCGGGCGCGAGGGAAAUGCAGCAGCGGCAGCAGCAGUAGCGGCGGCGCCGGCGUUGCUCCGCUCCGCUCAGCCCAGCCCGCUCGCAGGCGCCACUCCGCUCGCAGCCGCCGAACCAGGGAGAUCUCCGGCCACUCCGCCGGCACAGCGGCCAGCCGGGACUCGCGCUUCGUGACCCGCACCGACGCCACACCCGCACAAAGGGCGCGGAGGCACCAGAACUCCAACAUGGGAGGCAAACUAAGCAAGAAGAAGAAGGGCUACAAUGUGAAUGAUGAAAAGGCAAAAGACAAGGACAAGAAGGCUGAGGGGGCAGCUGCCGAGGAAGGGGAGGCUCCAAAAGAGAAUGAGCAGAACCAACAAACCACCACAGAGACGGCCGAAGUGAAGGAGAACAACAAGGAGGAGAAGAAGAGCGAGGAGGCAGCCCAGGUGGCUGCCAACAAGACGGAUGACAAAGAAGGGGAGAAAGACAAAGCAGGAGGCCAGGAAGAGGCCAAGAAGUCGGAGCCCGAGAAGCCGGAUGCGGUGGUCGAUGCCAAGGUAGAGCCCCCGAAGAACAACGAGCAGCAGGCACCAAAACAGGAGGAGCCCAGCUCUGCCACAGCUCCUCCAGCCAGCAGUGAAGUGCCGAAACCCUCGGAGCCCAGCAGCGAUGCAAAAGCUUCCCAGCCUUCAGAAGUCACCGCUAGUAAAGGAGAUGACAAGGGCAAGGAGGACGGGGAUGCCAAAAAGACUGAGGCUCCUGCAGUACCUGCAGCCCAAGAAACUAAAAGUGAAGUGGCUUCAGACUCAAAACCUAGCAGCAGCGAGGCUGCGCCCUCUUCCAAGGAGACCCCAGCAACAACAGAAGCAUCUAGUUCAACUCCUAAGGGCUCAGAUCCGGCGGCCCCACCAGAGGAAGCGAAACCGUCUGAAGCUCCGGCGACUAAUUCGGAUCAAACCAUAGCAGCGAAAGAUUAAAUUUGGACAGCCUGUUGGGAAACAAACAAACAAAAAUUAACCACUUAAAAAACAACCUGUGUCUUUUUUUUAAUUUCCUUUUCUCCCCAGCUCUACUAACUCGUUUCAGAUCUGAAAUAACAAAUAUGUAUUGCCCAGGAAAAAAUAAAAAAUAAAAUAAAAUAAUGGAUUGUCCCAUUCAGUCGAGAGGGAGGGAGGGUGGGAACGGGUUGUGACGGUGGUGGGGUGGUGGGGUGGGAAUCCAAAUAGUAUUUUUGUGGGGGAAAUAUCUAAUAUACUUUCUGCCAACUUUACAAAGUCCUGUAUUUCAAUCAGAUAUUAAAAUCAGAAGACAGCCCCAAUGUCUGAAAGUACAGUACUCUUUUCUCUUUUUUUUGUAUCUGAACUGCUGUAAAUGCACUCCACCAAUGUAUUCGAUUUGUUCCUUUUUCUCUAAUAGGGGUUUGGGAGUGAUGAUAUAAUUGAUUCUGCCCUCCAGGCCAGUGCCACGCCAAUCAGAUCUUUAUCAAAGCAGUAUUUCCUGUUGGUUUUUUUUUAAUUUACAGUCUUUAUUAUUUUGUAUUUUUUUAUGCAGUGAAUGAAUGGCAACUUUCAGACAAAAAAAAACCUCAUGUAGCUGUCCACAUUUUUUCUCAACGCCAAUCCUCUGAUUCUUCUUCCUCUCCAAAUAUUUUUGGGAGUUUAAAAAAAAUAUUAAAAAAGCAUUCUUCAUCCUACUUAGCCUACCUAGAUUUAUCAUGACGAGUUUAAUGCAUGUCCGUGGUUGGGUGCACCUGUAGUUCUGUUUAUUGGUCAGUGAAAAUGAAAAAAAAAAAGUCUGCGUUCAUUGCAGUUCCAGUUUCUCUUCCAUUCUGUGUCACAGACACCAAUACACCACUCAUUGGAAAAAAAAACAGAUAAAAAAGCAAAAUGUACAAUGGAUGCAUUGAAAUUAUAUGUAAUUGUAUAAAUGGUGCAACAGUAAUAAAAGUUAAAUAAUUUAAAAACA